CUCCUGAUGUAUUAAAUGUCAAUGUAACCAGUACAUUGCUAGAACUGUACAACCUGACCAAGGAUAAAUGGACAGAAGAUUACUACAAACAUAAAGAUGGAUCUCAAAAGGAAGCGUACUCACCAAGUGAUGUUAAACGUCGCCAACUGUUUAUACCAUAUGCAGUCCGCAACCAUACUGGUUCCCCGGUCUGGUUUGCACCUGUCACUGUAAACCCCGACACCCAGAGAUACUCUGAGAAAAGAUUUAGUGAAUCAGAAAUGACAUGUGUACCUCCAAACCAAGAGGGAACAUUCAGUUUUCAUAGAAAAGAAAAAAUAAGGCACAAGAAAUCAAGUUCAUUGGUUGUGAAUCAGUUGAUUGUGAAAGUUGAUGGUUGGCAAAGACUACAUCCAGUCUCAGUUGAUAAAGUUGGUGUCUACUUCAGAGAUACCCUACCAGAUGUCAGUAAACCUUCCAUUAUCAAAGUGAAUGAUCAGCAGAAAGCUAGGGUUGUGUUUGACAUCCAGCAGGAGGGCAGUGCUAGAAAGGUGAUCACACUCAGGUCCGCCCUCAUUGUGUCCAACAGACUGGACGCACCUAUAGAACUGAAAUUGGAUAAUCCUAUUAUUCCAGGUCGCUAUGAUUUCAUCACUGUAAACUCCAGUCAGCAGAAGUCAAUCCCUAUGCCAUUUGUAUUGUCCAGACUUUGGGUGAGGCCAAGUGAUUGGCCAGUGGAGCAUUCAAAUCAGGCAAUCAACUGGCAGCAUGUAGUUAAACCUGGGGAAGUGAAUGAAACAUUGAGAGAAUGUAGGAUGCCUGAUUCAGAUGCAGUUUUUAGGUAUUGUGUAGCUGUCCGCCGAGAGAAUUUUCCAGAAGAUCACUUUCAGAGUGGGGUAUUGCCCUUGCCUGGUCACACUGUAGUGAUUAUGCCCCCUGUAACAGUGGUGAACCUUCUUCCUAUAGAUCUACACUACUACUUCAAGGGUACAGUCAUAGCAGGAGAUGUUAAACCAGGAAAGAAAUCACAGAUACCUGCAGCUGAUUUGAGUAGUCAUCUUGAACUAGGUAUCUGUCUGGAAAACUUCCAGAUUUGUCGAGAACUUUGGAUACCAUCCGGUACAAGGAGUUACAAGGUUAAACUGCGAUUGAUCGACUCUGAGGAAAGAUUGCUUGAAAUCUAUUUGGGAAUACUAUCUAAACUUGGUGGAUCAUUAAAGCUGAUUGUUAGUGCCCCAUACUGGAUAGUGAACAGAUCAGGGUUGCCACUGGUAUUCCGUCAGGAUGGCUCAUCACAGGAGGCUGCUGGACAGUUUGAGGAGAAUGAAAUGGCUAGAAUUGUCUCCCCUUUCUUAUUCAGUUUUACAGACAAGGACUCACCAUAUUUGUGUGAGAUGAGAGUAGGGAAACACAAGCACGGACCUAAUACAAUACCUAUGUGGAGUAGCAGCUUUUCAUUGGAGAAAGAAGCUAAUGUUCGCCAGCUUCAUGUUGCGCCAAAAGAUGGGAACCGUCCUGAUUGGUUAGUAUCUGCUCGGUUCAAGGCUCGGAAAAGGUUUUUCUUACCAUCUAAAUGCGUGCA